UUGCAUGGCGAUAAGGAGAGCGACUUGAAUUUAUGGGGGUAACAAACGUGUGGCGAUUAGAUUGCUUAACCCAAGGUCGUAAACGGGGUGUUCUAUAAAGGCCCGCCGGCCGGCAGGAGCACCUUUCAGUUGAGAUCCCACAAGCCAUGAGUCCGGUUCAGUCAUAUCCACACAGUCGACUACUCCUCCUCCUGGUCAUCGUGACCUUGGGCGUGGUCCAAUCCAGUCGACUGCCGGCGGAGGUGGGCUCCCAGCCACACAGCAUCUCCCUGCGGCGGAAUGGCGCACAUGUGUGCGGAGGAGCUCUGAUCCGCGAAAAGUGGGUCCUCACCGCAGCACAUUGCGUCAGCUUGGGCGGUGGACAGCAGAGCUACCCAGCUCCUUCCUACAAUGUGCGAGCGGGCAGCAUUCAGCGCCUGGCCGGUGGUCAACUGGUGCCGCUGUCCAAGAUCAUAAUCCACACGAACUACUCCAGUUCGGAUGCACUUGGCUCUAAUGACUUGGCCUUGCUGGAGCUGCAAUCGCCGGUGGUCCAGAAUGCGAAUACGAAACCGAUUGAUUUGGCCACCGAGCGACCGGCGGCGGGCUCCCAGAUCACCUUCUCCGGCUGGGGAUCCAGCCAGUUGGACGGAUCUCUCAGUCAUGACCUCCAGGUGGCCACCAGGCAGAGUCUGAGUGCGUCCGAUUGCCAGAAGGAGCUGUUCCUGCAGCAGGAGGAUCUGCUCUGUUUGUCCCCGGUGGCCGAGGAUUUCGCCGGACUCUGUUCCGGUGAUGCCGGAGCUCCGGCGUCCUACAACAACCAAUUGGUGGGCAUUGCCGCCUUCUUCGUGAGCGGAUGUGGUUCCGAUCAGCCCGAUGGCUACGUGGAUGUGACCCAGCAUCUGGAGUGGAUUAACGAAAACGCUGUUUAAAUAAAACCGAGCCGUUUAUAGGGAUAUGAUGUAUGAGAA